AUGAAGUUUAUAAUUUUCAUCAUUUUUCUCUCAAGUUCCUGUUUUGCAGAUACUUUUUGGUCUAAUUGUCCUGGUUCAAAUGUUCCUGGGCCAGAUUAUAUUGUAUCUCCUCAGUGUAGUGGAGAUCGAUGCCAAGCAGUAAGAGGUGAAUCUGUAACUGCAAAGAUUUAUGCAACACCAAGAGCUAUUCAUAAUGAGCUUAUAACACGUGUCACUGCAUUCAUAUUUGGAAUAGGUAUCAGCCUCCCAAUGCAGCCACCAUUUGAUAAUGCAUGUAAUUACAUUCAUUAUGCGAACGAUACUCAAACCAGCUGCCCAGUUUAUCCCAACAUUCAAUACGUGAUAAAUGUUGAAAUGCAAAUUUCAUCCCUUUUUCCAGCAUUUACAAACACUCGAGUACAAGUUGAAUUUUGGGAUGGAAAUCAGCGAGCUGCAUGUGGACAAAUUAUUGCUGAUCUUAUAUAA